GGAGGGCCACUGAGAUUAGUUGACUCGGUGGGCUUUCGUCCAGGAUCAGAAAUGGCGGCGGCGCAAGGCUACCCGGCCGGUGGGGCAGAUGACCAAGAGCGCCUGCUGGAUGAGGCCACAGCCGUAGUGAAGGAACAGGCCUUCUACAUGAAGAAGGCCAUCGACUCGGACAACGUCCGGGAAGCCUUGAAGAACGCCUCGAACAUGAUUUGCGAGCUCCGUACCUCCUUGCUCUUGCCCAAGAACUACUUCGAGCUCUACAUGCAGGUGUUCAGCGAGAUGCAGCACCUGUCCGGCUUCUUCGCAGAUAAGAACCGCCACAAGAAGAAGAUGAUCGAUUUAUACGAGUCCGUGCAGCACGCGGGCAACAUUUUGCCCAGACUCUACCUGCUGGCGACGGUUGCAGCGGCAUACAUCAAGUCUCUGGAGGCUCCCGCGAAGGAGAUCCUGAAAGAUGUUAAUGAGCUCUGCAAAGGGGUUCAGCACCCUUUGCGCGGGCUGUUCCUCCGCUACUACCUCUCCCAGAUGCUCAAGGACAAAUUGCCAGACACGGGCUCUGGCUUUGAGGGGGAGGGCGGCGACAUCAACGACGCCUUCGAGUUCAUUUUUACAAACUUCAAUGAGAGCAACCGCCUUUGGGUCCGCAUUCAGCACCAGGGCCCUGCCAGGGAGAAGGACCGCAGGGAGCGCGAGAGGCACGAUUUACGUGUCCUGGUGGGCGCGAACCUGGUCCGCCUCAGCCAGUUAGACGGCAUGACAAUGGAGUUCUACGCCGAGACGGCACUGCCAAAGAUUUUGGACCACAUCGUGUCGGUGAAGGACACGAUGUCCCAGCAGUACCUCCUGGAGAGCAUGAUCCAAGUCUUCCCAGAUGAGUUCCACAUCCGCACCCUCGAGCAGAUGCUUUCGGCAUAUGCCCGGGCGUUGCCGAGCGUGGACAUGAAGCCUAUCAUGGUCACGCUCAUGAACCGCCUCGCCAACUUCUUGGCCGAGGCAGACAAGGAGAAGGUGCAGUCCGCAGGAGACAUUUUCACGCUCUUCCGGUCGCACCUCCAAGGGAUCUUGGAGCGCGCGCUGCAGCCGCAGGGCACUGGCACCGUAGGUGUGCCGGACAUGGCGCCUCCCCUGGAGGUGUUGGCAGCGUUCAUGCAAUUCACCGUGUCCCUCUACCCGGACCAGGUGCACUACGUGGACAUCAUCCUGGGCUCGGCGGCUGAGCUGAUGCAGAAGUUCCGGGCGCUGCCAGGCUGCGGGGGUGCUUUGUCAGACAAGGCGGCGGAUCAGAUCGGCGAGCUGCUGGCUGGUCCCAUGAAGACCUUGGGCCUCGGAGUUCUGAAGAUGGAGCAUUUUGCCGCGCUGGUCAGCUUUCUCAACUUCGAAGCACGGAAGCAGGUGUCGCUGUCCAUGGUCACCGCCAUCGUGGAGGACAACCGCUCGCUGAGCAGUGUGGAGGACGUGAAGGCCCUGUUCACAUUCAUUUCGCCGCUACUGAAGGAUGAGGAGGACACCCCCUUGGAGGAGGGCAAGGAUAAGGUGCGCUUUGCGGAGGACCAACAAAAGGUUUGCAAGCUCGUGCACCAAGUCCGGCAUGAAGAUACGGACGUGGAGUACCAAAUGCUGACUGAGAUGCGAGGCUUCUUCGGACAAGGCGGGCCCCAGAGGCUGGUCUUCACUCUGCAGCCCGUUUUCUUUGCGGCCCUUGGCCUCGUGCCCAAGAUCCAAGCUCGUGAGAAACGGCGGGAGCAGGAGGGUGACGAGGCGGUGCCGCCGCCAGCUAUCAGCAUGAAGAAGGUGUUUCAGUUCUUGCACCGAACAAACUCAGCGUUGAUGCAAUCCUCGCCGGAUAUCGCCCUUCAACUGUGGCUCACGGCCUCCGUUACAGCAGAUCAAGUGGAGAGGGCCACAGGCGAGGGCAACUUCGAGCCCAUCGCCUACGAGUUCCUGACCCAGGCGCUAGUCCUCUUCGAGGAGGAGAUCUCGGACAGCUCCAAGCAGUACAAAGGAAUUCACUCCAUCGUGGGCACGCUUUGCAAGGUCGCAGCCUUGGACCCUGAGAACUUUGACAACGUGUCGCAGAAGAUUACGAGGCAUGCGGCCAAGUUGCUGAAGAAGCCUAUGCAGUGCCGUGCCGUUUCAGCGUGCUCCCAGCUCUUCUGGUGCGACGCGCGGAGAGAACCCAAGCGCGUCAGGGAAUGCCUCGAGAGGUGUGUGAAGACCUGCGAGGCGGUGGUGCAGAGCGACUCAGGGCAGGUGGGCUUGUGGGUGGAGAUGCUCGACAGAUACAUCUACUACUUCGAGGUGGACUGCGAUGAGGUGACCAUCACCUUCCUGCAGAGCUUGCUGCAGAUCUGCGUGGAGCACAUCGACUUCGCCAUGAAGGACCCCCAGAGCGAGCAGGAGGCGAAGAAGGCCAAGGCGCAUCUACAGGCCACCAUGACCUAUCUGAAGAAGAUGAAGGAAAGCCCGGAUGCUGGCCUGGCAGCUCGCUUUGCCGAGCUGACGCUGAGCUGAAGUUCAGCAUGGGCUGCAGAAAGGAUACGAAGGGCCAGUGAGAAACAUUACCCA